AUGUCGAGUUUUCAAAGUGUAUUUUUAAUAGUUUAUUUAACGUUACAAAAUUUAUUUAACUACAAUUUAGCAUCAGUACCAACAAUAGCAUUAUGUAAUAAAGAACGUGUUGAACAUUACUUAAAUUCAAGUGGAUUUGGUUCAGCGUUAAGUGUUACAUUUGGUAAUAGUAAUAAUCAAGGAACCAUAAAUGGUAGUAAAGAUGAUAAUAUUGGACCAUGUAAAUUGCAAAUUAUUGCACCAACAACACACAUUGUAUCUGUGUCAUUUGUAACAGCACCCGCUGCAUAUAAUUCGGAUAAUAAAAAGGAUAAUUCAACUUGCAUGCUAAGUGUUUUCUUACAAGAAAAUCGGCGUAAAGUAUUUUGGAAAAUUGAUCCAUGUCGUGACGGCGAACCAUUACCACCACCCAGAUUAGUUACACAUCAACUACGAAUUGUAUGGAAUCCACCAGUUGGAGAUUAUCCUGACUUAUUAUCAAGAACGCAAAUGAUUAUCACAGCUGUUGGUCAAGAUGAUUUCUGCCAAAAUCCACAUCAACACACAUGCAUGAGCGUUGGCUACAAACCUCUCAUGUGUGUCGCAGAGGAAUUAGUAUGUGACGGUAUCCAGCACUGUCCACGUGGUGAAGCCCAAAGUGACGAAGAUUCUACUAUGUGCCAUGACCGCGCUGUACAACAUCAAUCAUGGGAGUACAUAGCACAUGAAUGGAUCAAAAAACUAUCCACAAAUAAAAAGAAUUCCAAUAAUUUACCAGCCGGAGCUAUCCAAGGUAAUCGUUGGAUACAUCGAAAUGUUAUUAAUCCAGCAAAUUCAGCAAAUGGAAAUUCGGGAACAACACAAAAUAUUGUUUUACGGCGUGAUUCAACAACAAAAAAAGAUGUCGAAGUUGAUUCUGUGUCUGCGGCUUUGGAACAUUAUGGCCCAUGGGGUUACUUAAUGUUGGGUAUGUUAAUUUGUGGAUGUAUUUUAAUGCUUUGUGGAUUAUGGGAAUGUUUCUGUCGAAAAAUGAAACCACAACCUUCGAUACGUCGAAUGCCUAUACCUCCAAAUACUGUGAUUAUUUUAAACACUCCUGUGGAAGAACCUCCUCCACCAACUCCUGGUCCCCCAUCAUAUGAGGAACUAGAUCAACCACCAACUUAUGCUGCCCUAUUCCCAGAAAAUAAAAGGGAAUCGAUUAUUUUAAAUACACUUAAUUUGAUUGCAACGGCUGCAGCUGGGAAUAGUGUAGUUAUUACCAGUGCUGUGGCGCCUUUGGAAGAUCCAAAUCCGACAUCGCCUGCUGCGGAUAUUCCCGAAGGUUCACAAACAACUACUUCGGAAAAUCAGCAUAAUUUAUCCGAGAAUAGUGAGAUUAAAUUAUCUUUGGAUAAUUUAAGUCAAGAUCAUGAGCAAUCAAAUAGGGAUCAGUUAUCGUCAGGUUCAAAUCGAAUAGCAACUGCAAAUCAAACGUAGCAUUUGGUUUUAGUUCUGUGAAUUUAGCAACAAAUUUGCUGUACUCGGGCUGUUUUUUUUUUAAAAAGUAUGUGAUUAAAUCUAAUCCUUCGAUUGGAUAAAGUUUAUGGAUUUUGUAAGGAAUCGUUUGAUUGUUAGUGAUAUUAUUUUCUCGAUUUUCUCGAGGAAAAUUUGUAAAUAUUUUGUAUGUUUAAGUUAAAUGAAUUUGACGAUUGUGAAUUUUUAUAUUUUAUAAAUUAUACUGCUCAAAGUGAAAAAUACUCAAGAAGAUUCUUUACCUGGAAUGUGAAAAAAAUUCAAAUCAUCUUGCCAGUAAAAAAUGAGUUUCCCAAGUUCCUAUUUAGAGACUUUAUUUCGAUUAGGAUAAAAAGUUUAAAAAAUAGGAGAAAAGAGAAACUGGACAGUGCAAUUUUUCCAAAGAUAUCUUCGAAAGAACACGAAUCAAAUAUUACAAUAAGAGCAAACAAUUACGUGGUUAAAUUUAGCGACAAAAGACAAGAGUAAGAUUCUUUUUUCGAUGCCUCAAAAGCAAAAAUUGUCGAAAAACGAAGAAAGAAUUUAAAAUAAAAAUAAUUUUUCAUACUCAGAAAGAAAAUUAUUAUAUUAAAUCAUUUAAAAAAAUUGUUUUCUAAAAUAAACAAACAAAGA